CGUCCCUAUGGGGAAUGGUCCAGACCUCCUGGGGUCCACGCAUCGAACAAGCCAAAGCGAAGGACGUAUGGGUCCUCAUCACCCUCCUCAUUCAUUCUCCAUCUCCUCAACCUCCUUCUCCGUCUCCUCCUUCUCCGCCUCGCUGUCCUCUUCUUCCUGUUUCCUCGUCCUCCUCCAUUUCCUCGACUGAGGAGUUCCUCAUCCUUCCUCGCCUCAUCCUCUGCCUCCUCCUCGGUCUUGUCGACGGGUGCGUCGCCAGGGCCAAGGGCCUUCAGAGGCAGUGCGAGGAGAUGCAGACCGUGGUGAAGUGCACCCGUGAGCUGGGCUGCUACGACAGUAUCAUCAGGGGUGCCUGCGCCAACCUCACCAACGUCGACCCGCAGUGCGCCCUCGACUGCGGGCGCGCCCCCCGCGCCGCCCUCGGCGGCCCAUGGGGGACGAAGAAUGACAUAGACUCGAGUCGGGCCUGUCCCUCGACAGGGGGAAUCUUCAAGUAUCCCGGCAAAGCAGCCUAACAGCGAUGUGCAGGAGCAUAUCUGGAAGCAUUCCCUUCAAGAUUCAGAUGAGAAUCCUGCUGUAGAAUUCUGCUGUUCUCGCAGUCGUAGUCGCAUUCGCGAUAGCAGUCGCA